GAAAGACAUCAGCUACUCACAACACACAGCUACACCACCAAGAAACACACAAAGGAUCAUCAUCACGCUGUCUGUGGACAUCUGACCGCUUGAUUACUGAUUGAAACAGAAGACAGGCCCUCAUCUCAACAACUCUCAGUCGCUGGACAUCUUACUGAAUAUCUCUGUCAAGACUUUCACUUGCUGAGUGAGAGCACAACUCUCAGCAACCUCCACGUCCAGAGAAACAAGAAAAAAUCAGCACUGAGGUCUGUCAGACAAACUUUUAGCAAAGUUUCUUCUGUGGCCAUGGCAUCAACAGGUCUUCAGCUGCUGGGCUUGGUGUUGGCCGUGCUGGGUUGGGUGUUUGGGGCGUUGGUGUGUGCCGCUCCCCUGUGGCGCGUGUCUGCCUUUGUGGGUGGAGAGCUGGUGAUCGCCCAGGUGUUGUGGGAGGGACUGUGGAUGAACUGCCUGUCUCAGUCCACAGGCCAGAUCCAGUGCAAGACCUAUGACUCCACCCUGGCCCUGCCCACGUCUGCCCAAGCUGCCCGGGGCCUCACCGUGCUCUCCCUGCUCCUCUGCCUUCUGGCCCUCAUUCUCGGGGUGGCAGGGGCCAAGUGCACUCACUGUAUGGGUGACGCUAACCAGGCCUCCAAGGCUCGGCUGGCCAGGAUAGCAGGGGUGCUCUACCUCGUGGCUGGCCUCGCCUACUUGAUACCCAUCUGCUGGACUGCCUACGCCAUCAUCCGGGAUUUCUAUGAUCCAAACAUUGCAGCGCCUUUGAAGAGAGAGCUGGGCCCGGCUCUGUACCUGGGCUGGGGGGCCUGUGUGCUGCUUCUGGUGGGGGGCGCUCUUCUGCAUGUUGGCUCCUCUCCGCCAGGAGGAAGAACUCUGCCUGUUUUUGGAGGAGCAGCCAAAGACAACCCACAUACAGUGGCAGCAGGAGAGGGGAAGCAACAGGAAAAAUCUUUUGUAUGA